UAUGACGCAAGACCAAAGAGAAGGACUUCCUGUCUCCCCUGUCUCUCCAAAAAUGGCGGACACGUGUGGCCAAGUAUUGCUGGGCUCAGGGCUCACCGUCCUCUCCCACCCUCUGAUGUACAUUAAGGUCCUGAUCCAGGUAGGACACGAGCCGCUCCCUCCCACCCUGGGCAGGAACCUGUUCGGCAGGCAGGUCUACCAGCUGCCCGGCCUGUUUGCCUAUGCAAAACACAUCAUCAAGAUUGAUGGGAAAGCAGGUCUCUUCAAAGGGCUCGUCCCAAGGCUGGGCGCUAGCACCAUCGGCACUGUUGUGCACAGCAAAGUUGUGCAGAAAUGUCAGGAACAAGGCACACCUCAGGUAUUAGGCGGUCAGCAGAAGGCUUUGGAGGGUUCCCUACAGCACGUUGUUAACGAGACAACCAAAGAGAUGAUAGCUCGUUCCUGUGCCACCAUUGUCACACAUCCCUUUCAUGUGAUUACUUUGCGAUGUAUGGUCCAGUUUAUUGGGAGGGAAACAAAAUACAGUGGGGUGUUUGACUCCAUCGUCACAGUCUACAGAGAAGAAGGCAUACUGGGCUUCUUUGCUGGGCUGAUUCCUCGCCUGCUUGGUGACGUCCUGUCUCUGUGGAUUUGUAACCUUCUGGCUCACCUCAUCAAUACAUAUGCCAUUGAUGACUCGAUGAGUCAUACAGGAGAAAUCAAGAACUGCUCUCAGGCAGUGACAGGGUUCUUCGCCAGUAUGCUCACAUACCCUUUUGUCUUGGUGUCAAACCUCAUGGCUGUCAAUAACUGCGGGCUCGCCGGAGGCCUGGCACCCUAUGCAUCAGUAUAUCCCACCUGGGUGGACUGCUGGAGGCAUCUAAGCAGAGAGGGCAACAUGAGCAGAGGCAACAGUUUAUUUUUCCGGAAGCUUCCAGCAGGGAAGAUGUACGCAGUUGACCAGAAGAGAUUUUUUUAAAGCCUCAAGAGAACUGAGCUGAACAAAGUUGUGAUACUAAAAAAAUCAACAUUGCCUGAUCUGGGGGUUGGACAGUCGGCACUUAAUCUUUUUUUGUAUGCACUUGUUUACUAUCUUUUUUUCCCCCUCUAUUAACAACCUGCCAUCACGUGAAAUAAAAGCGCAUUAGUUUUCAGUUAAUUUCCAGCAGAUUUUGAUUUAUUAACAGAAAUUUACAGAUUGAAAGUAUAGGGUUGUAAGACUGUGAGAUGGGGCAUAAAUGCAUUUUUAAACCCAAAUGUAUAAAAAAUGACAGGAGGAUGGCUCAUGCUGUCAGACAACCUGUCUGAGUAAUGUUAUGACAGACCAAUGUGAAAGCCCCCUCCAACCCCACCCAUGUUUUUUUUAUAUAGAUUAUCUAUUGACAGUGACUACUUCAUCUAAGUGAUGAGAUUUGUUUGUUGAAAACAGCACUUCAGUCUGCAUGUGAUAAUGUCUAAUAAUACACAGGAUAAUGAGCAAGUGGGACCUCUUGUUAUGUGGUAUUGUCUUGGUGUGUUAAUUAUUGUAAAGCUCACUGCCUGGCGGGCAUGUAAUGCUAAUGAAAAGGAAGGGGUCAGGUGGUGGUGGUGGUGGUGGUGGUGGUGGUUGUUCAGGAGCAUGUAUGGAUGUACAGAGGCAGGGAGGGUAGCCUGAGCAGACCAGAAUCUCUCGGCACUCUGAACAGUCAAGUGCUUGUAUCAACUCAUUCUGACUGAUCCAAAUAAAAACUGCAUAAAAAUAAAGAAUAAAGACUGCAUAGAGCCUGAGCAGCGACCAGUGCCCAGGCUCUAUUGUAAUACAAGGAA